UUUAAGAGCAGCGUGUCUCCGCUUUGACUUCAUAUUUCUCCCGAUCAGAGAAAGAAGAAGAAGUCAUGGCAAGAACCAAGCAGACCGCUCGCAAGUCCACCGGAGGCAAAGCCCCCAGGAAGCAGCUGGCCACCAAGGCUGCCCGUAAGAGCGCCCCGGCCACCGGCGGCGUGAAGAAGCCUCACCGGUACAGGCCCGGUACCGUGGCUCUGAGAGAGAUCCGUCGCUACCAGAAAUCCACCGAGCUGCUGAUCCGCAAGCUGCCCUUCCAGCGUCUGGUGAGAGAAAUCGCUCAGGAUUUCAAGACCGACCUGCGCUUCCAGAGCUCCGCUGUUAUGGCUCUGCAGGAGUCCAGCGAGGCUUACCUGGUCGGCCUGUUUGAGGACACCAACCUGUGCGCCAUCCACGCCAAGAGGGUCACCAUCAUGCCCAAAGACAUCCAGCUGGCCCGUCGCAUCCGCGGAGAGCGAGCUUAAACUGUCUGCUGAUCCACAAACCACAACGGCUCUUUUAAGAGCCAACUCACUCUACACUGAAGAGCUC